AUGCACCGGAGUGCUGGCCGGGACUUCAGGCACCUCUCACAAGCUGCUUACGCCCUUCUCGAGCGCACGCGUAUCCCUCCUCGUCACAUAUGCAUUGUCGCCAAGCCUCUACAUUCCACUCGCGGGAGGCUUCAUCCGCCAGCUGUAGCAGCCAAACUCAGCUACUCCCGUGUAUCGACCCCCACCCCAGAGGAGAUCGAAAGCAGCGCGUUUCGGGAGGAUGUCACGUCUGCCCCCACGCAAGAGGACACUCAUCUCAAUCUUCGACCUCGAGCAGAGCAGGAAGGGUUCCAAGACACGCCCUCACACCAACUCCUGCCUCCAUCGGAAAUUCUGGACUGCCUAAGCGAACUUCAUGGGGGCAAGCCUGCCAAGCUCACCUUGGAGAACUUGCGCGAGGUCAAGGCUGCUUACCCUCUCCUAACGUUUCUUCGCCAUCAUCGGGAUGCGUCCACGCUGGUUCUUCACCUCCUAGACGUCGACGACACCACUCGGGCGUUCCAGAUGCUGAAACUUGCCACGGAAGUCGGAUGCGUUUUCCCAGACCAGUUCUACAACUGGGCAAAGCGCCGGCUCCGGUACACCACAACUUCACUGUUGAACUGGCGUCUGCAGGCCCAGUUGGAACUUCAGCAUUACCCUCCCUUCGAAAACGUCGUCGCACUCUUCCAAAAAGAGCGUGUCAUGCUUUCCCGCUUCACAUAUCACCUCCUUAUCACCAUGAACAUGCGCAAUCACGAUCUUUCAGCUGCUUUACGCGUCCUAGAAGCGAUGGCUCAAGCGGGAAUGAAGGUCACCUCUCAAACUUGGAUGGUCGUCCUACUCGGAUAUCGCACCCUUGGACUCAACCCCGUUCUCAAGACACAGGCUUUUGCCGCUCUAGAGGAACACAGUGCCGACGAAGUCACCUCCCGUUUCAUCCUGGUCGAACUCGCCGGAUUGAUGCUCGACGCGGGAGAUCUGGACGGCACCGUCCAGCUCUUGUCUUUAACGCCACUAAUAUCCGACGUCCUUUCCUUCGCCCCUGGGGCAGAUUCCAUCGCUCAAGAAGGCGCACAGUUUCGCCUUCCAGAUGCUGUGACACCCACGUACGGCCCGCGGGGGCGAGGCAUCAAGAUUUACAACAGACUACUUGGUCACUUCGCCCGUCACGGUGAUCUAGAGCGCGCUAUCCCUGUCCUCCAGAGCAUGCGCCUAGCAGGUGUUGUUCCCGACGUCGAUACGGCAAACGCUCUCGUCCGCCUAUACUUCGCCGCAGGACACUUCAACGAUGCACUACACAUAGUUGCGAGCGCCCUUGCCGGUGUACCUUCCUCUCUCGCUCUCCUCUCAUCCCUUGGAUAUUUACCUGCGGCCCCACCUCAAUACCCGACGUUUGCCGCACCCACACCCACAGUCGACCUGUUCAACAACCUGUUGCGUGGGAUUCUUCCAUCUCACGGACUCCGAGGGCUGAGCCAAGUUCUCUCAAUCAUGAAACUCGUCCAAAUUGACACCAAUUCCACUACCGUGACGCUUGUCCUACAACACGUACAGCGACACGGACUUGCAGGAUACCGCCCCUUGGUCAAGAUGGUUCGCAAGCUGAUGUCCCAGGGCGCCACCCCUACAUUGCAGCAAUUCCACGUCCUGCUCGCAGCGUUGAUGCGCGAAGAAUACGCCUAUACUCCUCCCGGAGGUCUUCCCACGCUCCCUGUUUCAAAGUCGUAUCCCACAAACUUCCAUGGGGGUGAUGGGCCGGAGUCUUGCAGUGAUGAGCCUGAGGAGCUUGGCCUGCAAACGACCAUCAGCACACUCAGUCGUCCUAGACGCGGCCAUCUCCUCCGGCCUAUCUUGCAGUCCCUUGGGGCGCGUCGUGUGCGCUGCGACCGGGCGAGCUACGCCAUGCGGAUCAAGCACGACGCUCUCGUCCUAGGCGACAUGGAUCUCGCCACUAAGACAUUGCGCACGAUGGUCGACGCUGGAAUGCAACCCAACCUCUUCCAUUACGGCGCUCUGAUCGAGGGCUACGUCGCAGCAGGUGACCUGGACGCCGCGACCGACACCCUGGCCGCCGCUGAAGCCGCUGGCGUCCGCCCCGACGUGCGUACGCACACGAUCCUCAUCGCCGGCCACGCCCGCCUCGCGCACCCCGCCGCCGCCGCGCGCGCGUUCCGCACGAUGCUCGCGCGCGGCAUCCGCCCCGACGUCCCGGCCGUCGACGCGCUCGUGGGCGCGUUCGUCCGCGCGCGCGCGCGGGCCGCCGCGCGAGACGUCCUCCUCCGCCUGUGGCCCGGGGUCGCCGGGGCGGACACGGUGCCCGCGGACGCCAGGCAGCUGCCGCUGCGGCAGCUGUGCGCGACGUUCCGGGCUCUCCACCCGGGUGCGAAGGGUGGCAAGGCGCGGCGGCCGGUGCGGUCGGUGUCGCCCGCGACGCGCGCGGCGCUGUCUCGCGUCACGGACGAGCUGCUGCGAUCGUGGGGCGAGGCGGCGGAGGGGGGCAGCGCCGGGUGUUAA